CAACCCCCGAAACAGCGUGGCACCUCGCACCUCCGGACCUCGCGCUAAGAACCGGACUUCACAUGCCAUGGACCUAGAACGGGGCCAUAUCAAGCUGAAGACCUUACCCUGGGCUGAGGCACGACUCUCCCACGCAGCCGCCGUGGCAGCGGCCAACUGGGACCGGCCGCAGGUCUAUGUGGCCGAGAUCAAGGGAGUCUGGACACCAGACAUCCUGCAAGCGCACCAUGAGGAACAGCUCAAGCACCAGGUCUUGGCCGCGUUCAACAAGGACCUAGAGGAGGUGCCAGAGCCUCACUUGGUCCUGGAGCAGGCGGAAGGCCGCUCGGUGCCGAAGUUCCCCUCCAGGAGGGGCUUCAAACCGCCCACGCGACGAGUAGCGUGCAAAGGCUACCAGCCGAUGCAGAACAACUUUGUCGCGGAGCGGAUGAGAGGUGGCCAAUACGGCUGGGCCGCGCAGCGCUUGUCGCGCGCGGCCGCGCUGGCGGCGGUGCAUUGGCAAAACCCUCGGGCCUACCGCGCCGAGCUGUAUGGCAUCAGGGAUCCAGAGGAUGAGCGGGAGGAAGAGAUUCAGAUUCAGGUCCUCGGAAAAAUGGGAGGUGAAGAUCUGGAGGAAUCUCUGCGGAAAGCAAGCAACAUGAAGAGCGAGUCACCGCAGCUCUUCCUGGAGUCCGUCGCAAGGAUACCCAGCCACGAAGGAGAAGCCAGGACAACAGCUGUUCCAGGGUGAGGAGGAGGUAUUUUCGUGCCAGGCACGUGUCGAUUUGCAGGAGAUGGGAAGAGCUGAAGGCUCCGUUGUAUUCGGCCGCGCCGAUCCCGGAUCUCUUAAGUUGAGCUAUGCACCGAAAGCCGAUCGCUGGUCUGUCC